CUCACAGAGACGCGUCAUUUUGGUCCUGCGCCCACAGGCCGUGUACUGCGCCGCCACAAGACCAAGAAGCGCGUACAGCUGACGAACGGAAAUCUCGUCGUCGAGCUUCCUGUGCCGCCAAAGCUGGUUCUCCCUUGGCGGGGAGAGGCAGAGACAAUGCAGACCCGGUACACUGCGGUAACAUGUGACCCCGAUGAGUUCGAAAAGAAAGGCUUCUUUCUGAGACAGAACGAAAGUGGAAGGAGGACGGAACUGUUCAUUGUGAUCACUAUGUACAACGAAGACGAAGUUCUAUUUUGUCGGACUAUGUAUGGGGUUAUGAGGAAUAUUGCCCACCUCUGUACGCGUAAGAACUCGCAAACAUGGGGCCCGAACGCUUGGGAAAAGGUCGUAGUCUGCAUUGUUGCCGACGGACGCAAAAAGAUUCACCCACGUGUUCUCGACUGCCUCACUCUCCUUGGAGUCUACCAACCCGGUGACCAUAUGAAGAACAUGGUUAAUAACAAGGAAGUCACAGCCCAUUUGUUUGAAUAUACCUCUUCCUUUGCCCUAGACUCUAAUCUCCACUUUCGCUAUCCGGACAAAGGCAUUGUUCCCACCCAGAUUAUAUUUUGUAUGAAGGAGAAAAACCAGAAGAAGAUUAAUAGUCAUAGAUGGUUUUUUAAUGCCUUUGCGCCGAUGUUGCAGCCGAACGUUUGUGUUCUAUUGGAUGUUGGCACACGCCCGGGGAACAACAGCAUAUACCGCCUUUGGAAGGCAUUCGACGUGAAUUCUAGCGUGGGUGGUGCUUGCGGAGAGAUAUCAACGUACAAAGGGAAAAAUUGGUCUCUUCUUUUGAAUCCGCUAGUCGCGGCCCAAAAUUUUGAGUACAAAAUCAGCUGUAUAUUAGACAAGCCUACCGAGUCCAUGUUUGGCUAUAUCAGCGUCCUCCCUGGAGCGUUCUCGGCUUAUAGAUACAUUGCAUUACAGAAUGACGAAUUUGGGGUUGGGCCACUGGCUUCAUAUUUCAAGGGUGAAGUAUUGCACGGCCGCGAUACGGACAUCUUUACGUCGAAUAUGUAUCUCGCAGAGGAUCGUAUUUUGUGCUUUGAGCUCGUCGCCAAAGCUAAUUCCAGCUGGGUUUUGAAGUACGUCAAGGGCGCCAUCGGCGAGACAGAUGUUCCAGACGCACUUCCAGAGUUUAUCGGUCAGCGGCGACGAUGGUUAAACGGGUCCUUCUUCGCCGCUACGUAUGCUAUCGCUCACGUUGGUCAGAUAAUGCGCUCUGGGCACAGUUUUGCGCGUAAGGUAGCAUUGAUGACGGAGACAGCUUAUAACAUCAUCAACCUGGUGUUCUCGUGGUUUAGCAUUGGGAACUUUUAUUUGUUCUUCGUCGUUCUCACUUCGUCAUUGGAAGAUGAAUCCUUUGGCAUAACGGGCAUCAAAUAUUUUAACACGCUCGUCCAGUACGUUAUGGCGUCUAUGGUCGUGGCCUGUUUUCUUUUCUCGAUGGGUAACAAGCCACAAGCUGCAAAGAUAAAAUAUAAGACAACAGCCAUCAUUCUAAGCGUGCUCAUGCUCUACAUGAUUAUUGCAUCCAUCAUCUGCGGCAUCCAGGCCGGUAAGCAGGGUGGCGCAGCAAAUUCAGUCAUGCUUCUAAGUGUACUCGUCACAUAUGGAUUGUACGCGUUCAGCAGUCUCUUGGCCUUCGACCCCUGGCAUAUGUUCACUAGCUUCAUACCAUACAUGCUUCUUUCACCCACGUACAUCAACAUUCUGAAUAUUUAUGCAUUUUCUAAUCUUGAUGAUAUAUCAUGGGGUACAAAACAAGACUCCACUCCAGAGAGAGAUCUGGGAGCCGUCAUCCAAGAUAGCCACUCUCAAGUUGACGUCGAGAUGCUAACUGAGGCCGCAGACGUAAAUAGUAUUUAUGAGGAGGCGCUCAUGAAUCUGCGGGAUCGUGUACCUGUGGAAAAGACCCAGGGUAAAGGGUUGCCUACCCUGGCCGAAAAGGAGGCUAACGCAAAAGACUAUUACGCGAAUGUGAGGACGAACGUCCUAUUAGCGUGGGUCCUGUCCAACGGCUUGUUGUUGGUUGGCAUUCUUGGCGGGGUGCAGUCAUCGGACACGUUUAGCGUCCAGGCGGGUGUGAAUAGGACCAAAGCAUAUCUGCUUUUUAUUCUUGCUUUUACGGCAAUCACUAAUUCAGUUCGCUUUGCUGGGUCAACUUUAUAUUUGCUUGCGCGACUUGUUACAGGGUAA